GCGGCUUCUUGUAAGGCUGUGUCUGAUCGGCGUCGUCAGAUAGUAGGUAAUUAGCACGCGAGUGCGCACAACCGAGCUCCCUUCUCCGGCAUCUCCUUUGCAGUCAAGUAGUGUCUUGACGGCUGGAUUGCCUGGGUUGCACAAUACGACCCCGGAACGGUCUCCGAGUCUCUAAUUAACCGUGCCGGAUUUCGUGAAUCUCUGCCGAUUUCUUCACCACCUUGGCCUACUUCAGUCGUCCCUUCGGUAACGUCUAAAGACUUAACACCUGUCCAAGGACGCCGAGGCAUCGGUACGGCAUAUCCCGUCGGGCGUAUUUGCUGCGCUGAGCGACUUCCAUUCCCUGACUUCAACGUACAAGUCAUGGGCGAUAUGGAUCGCGGCCGGGAAAGCGGCAGCAUGCUCCCGGCUCCCGGUUUCAGUCAUGGCAUGAAUAUCAACGGGACUGAGAAUGCCAAGCAGCAAGCCAUCGGAGAAAUGCACAGCACUCGAACCCACGACGAAAUUGCUGCUGGCGUGGUCAACAAAAUUGAGUCCCAGGUCAACAACCAUUUCCACGUCUCGGGCCGAGCGGGGAUGGUAGGACUGUCCCCGUUCCUCAGCGCAUCGAAAAGCUUGACUAUGGAACCGACAUGCGACGACAUGAUCAACUGGCUCAUGCGUCAGCCGAGCCAGACUCCUUUGGAUCCUAGCCAGCACCACAAGAGUCUCGUCAGGCAAGUAACAGAAGGGACGGGUAGGUGGUUCCUGACAGAUGAGAAGUUUCUUGACUGGAUAGAUGCUUCAAGUUCUUCGAGCAGGUUCCUGUGGAUACACGGCAUACUUGGAUCUGGCAAAACCAUGCUCCUCUCCCUUGCCAUCGACUUGAUCGAGGCAAAGACGGAAAGCCAGGACGAUAUUGCCUGCGCAUAUUUCUAUUUCCAGGAGGGAGAAGAAUAUCCGGCAUCGCCCGCGCGCAUAUGGGCAACCAUGUUAAUCCAGCUGCUUCGGCAGUCCAAAUACCUCGCAGACGAAUUGAAGAUGAAGUGGGACUACUUCCGCGAGCUUGAUGGGCCCGAAACUCUCAAGCUCUUGAUAGCACAGGCUGCCACGUUUUCAACGGUUUACGUGGUCAUGGACGCCCUGGACAGCUGCCGGAACGCACCGGACGAAAAGAUCGAAAAAGGUGUCCUGGAUGCCAUCAAGGCCUUCCCAUCCCGAAUUCGCGUUCUCUUCUCCUCCAGAACGGACUGGGUCGGCCAAGAAAUUGGAGUCGAUCAGAAGCUGAGUAUUACGCCAACGAGGGAUGACGUGACAGCAUAUGUGAAAGAGCGGAUCAAGGACGACGGAUUCCUGGAGAGCCUGCUGGUGAAUCCCCAAGACCAAGACGAAGUAGUCACAAAUGUCACCGAGAUGACGCUAGCCCAGAAAAUGUUUCUCUUGGCUAGGCUGCACAUGGACAACCUCCGCAAGCAGGAUCCGGUCCUCGGAAUCACGGCGGCGUUGGAGCAGCUGCCCGAUAGCGCAUUUAAAGUCUUCGAGACGUCUGCGAAGCGAAUCGCCCACAAGGUCGAGGAAAACGGCGAAAGCACUUUGAGCCUCCUGGCCGUGCACAGUCUGACCUGGGUGGUGCAUGCGAAGUCAAAGUUGAACGCGCAGCAAGUCCUCGACGGCUUUGCGGUUCGUACCGGACAUCGACGACCCCAGGUCGACAUCAUGACUUCGUGCAAUGGAUUGGUCAUCACGGACCCAGACAAGGAGACACUCAGCCUCGUUCACAAAUCGGCACAGAUGCACCUAGAGACGUACAAUAUCAUACCAAAGACAGCACACUUGGAGAUUGCCAAAACGUGUCUGCUUUACCUUAAUAGCCGAGACCCCAGCCCGUGCGACCAUCGGCAGGAGGGCAAACCUCCGGCCGAUACCCUCACUCUACUGCAAUACGCCGCGGAGCAUUGGUGGGAGCAUCUCAUUCUUGCUGGUCCUGACGGGGUCGACCAAGACGCGCGGAGUCUGACGCACUUGUUCCUGAAGGAUAGCUCCAAGCUGGCUAGGGCGUUCGGAGCUAUGGAUAGAACAAAGCUGGGUGUUUUUGACGGCAUGACGGGCCUGCACGCCGCUGCCCACUUUGACCUGCCGCCCAAGCCUUUGCUAGAACGGCUCAUAGACAUGAAAGUCAUGGACGUCAACGCCAAGUGUUCGGACGGCCAGACGGCCCUGCACUGGGCAGUUCGAUACGGAAGGGUCGACCUCCUACGGCUCCUCAUUGACAAAGAAGCGGACCCAAACAUGCGCGACGAGGCCGGCGACACAGCCCUCCACAAGGCCCUCCUGGGACCAACAGGAGGCGAUGUGCCCCUCCACAAAGCCAUCAUGAGGUCGGCCGAUGACGAUGACGGCGUGGCCGAGGCCUUGAUAAAGGGUCGUGCGAGGCUUGACAUCCUCAAUUCUCGACGCCGUUCUCCCCUAUCAUUGGCCAUCUGCUACGGGCCCACGUCCGUGGCCAUGCUAAUGGUGGAGAGCCAGGACGACAUCAACGCCGAAAUCUUCGACGGCUACUGGACAUCAUUGCGGCAUAUAUUCUACCACGGUCAGGACAUUGUCCAGCAGCUGAAUACGAACAACGCGGCGUCGCUGGACAGCAAACGCUCGGUCCAACUGCGGCACAUGGUCAAGCGCCACGCCCGCCUCCUGACCGACUCACUCCUCCGUCGUGGAGUAGAUCUAAACCGCCCAUCGGCGGUGGAUGGUUGGACACCGCUCAUGCACGCCGCCAAGACUGGUGACCUGUCCAAGCUCCGCCGGCUGCUGGCGCGAGAGCCCAACCCGGCCGAUGUCCACCUGCAAAGCCAGGAGGGAAAGCCGCCUCUAUGGGGAGCCGUGUUCCACAAGAAGACAUCCGCGGUUCGGCUGCUAACAGAGCACGGCGCAAGGGUUAACGACAGAUACAAUGACGGUUCGACGCCGUUGAUCACAGCCAUCGAAAACAAAGACUGCGAAACGGCAGAGCUGCUCCUUCGGCUCGGGGCCGACGCGAAUGCGGGAACGGCCGGCGGAAAGUCGACGCCGCUGAUCAAGUCCGUUAAGAUUCGCGACCGUGGAACUGUCUGGUUGCUGCUCAACGCAAAGCAGAUCCGGCUGGACGACUGCGACGCCACCGGCUGGUCGGCCCUCCUCCACGCCGUCAAAAACCGGGACAGAGACCUCGUCUGGCUUCUGCUUGUUAAGGGUGCCUCGGCAACGAGUAAAGUCCGGGAUAACCGGACGAGCGCUGGCAAACCCACCCCAUCCCCCCUCGAACUAGCUAUAACCUGCGACGACUUCCACACGGCAUGGCUUCUCUGCGAGCACGGUGCCGUGCCCACCGUCGCGAAUCACGAUGGCUCCACAUCACUGCACCGCGCUGUGCUAAGCGGCCGCGAUGACAUCGUGGCCAUGCUCGCCACUUACGCGUCGCCAUCGUCGUCGCUCGAUACCCCAGACGCCCGGGGGGGCAACACGGCUCUGGCGCUGGCCACACUCCAGCAGCGGCCCGCCGCGGUGGAGGCGCUCCUCCGGCACGGUGCCUCGCCGAGCGUCACCGACGCGCAGGGCCUGACGGCGCUGCAUCACGCCGCCCGCCUCGGGUUCGACAAGGGCCUGGGCCUGCUUUUGAGCGCCGGUGCCGACCCAAACGUGACGGACAAGAUGGGCUUCACGCCGCUGCACCACGCCGUCAACGACCCCUACGCCACGCCGGACACGGUGGGCGUGCUGGUGAAACGGGCGGCCAACCUGGAGGCCCGAGAUAGGAACAGCCGGACGCCACUGAUGCUUGCGGCGCAGCUGGGCAGAGCCAACCUGGCCCGACGGCUGCUGGCGGAGGGGGCGGAUGCGCAAGCGAGGGAUAGGAAUGGGGCGAAGGCGGCGAACUACGCGGGGGAGGAUGCGAGCAUGAAGACGGUGCUUCGGGAAUGGUACUACGAAUAUAUGUAAUCAAUUAUUCGUUAUUGAUUACCUAUAGUCUCGGUAUCCCCCGUCCACCCUAUUACAACAUCUGCGAUGAUUUUUCUAUCUUUGAGAACGGCACCGAUAUCAGGGUAGCCAAAGACAACGGCUAGAUACCACAGUGCAGUCAGCAUUGCUUCAUGUUUCGGCUAUCUCAAGGUCCAGACAACCUUCUCUAGUCCAACAUCCUUCUUUCCAAUGAACGCGUCGACCCAUUGAU